CAUUGUCGUCAAAUGCAAUUAGCUGGUUAGCAGCUAAUGUGUUUUAGUGCACACUGUCUUACAGUUAUGAAGCCGGAUAUAUAAAAGUGUGUUAGAUUAUACCAAUAUUGAUCAAUUUUCGUACGUAAGUACAUUACAUAUACAGUGUAAUCGUGUAAAUGAAAUCGAUCCAUAUAUAAUAUUAAUUACAGCCCAUGUAAUUUAAUCGAACUCGAUCGUUCGGUUUGUAUGUACUGAUAUGUUUGUACGUGUAUUAGGAGACAGUUAGUGAUUCGUAUAUAUACAGGUGUGGACUUGGUACAUUGCAUUCAUAUGUACACCGGCUCCGGACGGUGUAACACUGCCCGGUACAUAUACAGUGCAUAGUUACACUCCUUGUACACCUUAGUGAUUGGCAUCAGUGUAACUUCUCCGUGUCAUGCAUGUGGAGACAGAUUGUACAUGUCUCAGGUAGAUGGCGGUGCUUCACUGUCCGAGAUCAGAGUAUAACUCUUAGUAUUCUGUUUUGAGUCACAUAGUGACCUAACACGAAAGGUGUAGUUUACUUCCUGAAAGUGGGCAGCCGGAGGCCCGCCCCCCAGGGAGCGCUGUAGGCAGGGCACGGUGGAUGCCGCGGCAGAGAGGGGCCAGGGAGCGGAGCACAAUCCAGACAUAGGCAGAGACGACUGUGAUGGAACAGCAGGGUUGUAGAGGCAGCGGCGUAGCGUGUGAUAAUGGUUCUGCCGCUGACGCGACUGGCCUACAGCUUCUCUGCGGGGACAUCAAUGUGACAGGCUGUGACAGCAGAUCCCGUGUGACGAUGGGGCAGGAGCGGGGCACCUAUGACUUCUGCAUCGGUUUGGCUCUGGCCAUCAGUUCCAGCAUCUUCAUCGGUGGCAGUUUCAUCUUGAAGAAGAAGGGCCUCCUUCGCCUGGCCCGGAAGGGCUCCAUGCGGGCAGGCCAGGGAGGACACGCAUAUCUGAAAGAGUGGCUCUGGUGGGCUGGGUUAUUGUCAAUGGGAGUUGGUGAGGCUGCCAAUUUUGCAGCUUAUGCCUUUGCCCCCGCUACACUUGUCACCCCCCUGGGAGCACUCAGCGUCCUCGUGAGUGCUGUUCUGUCAUCCUACUUCCUGUCCGAGAGGCUCAAUCUCCAUGGAAAGCUGGGCUGCGUGCUCAGCAUCCUAGGAUCCACAACCAUGGUGAUCCACGCCCCCCAGGAGGAGGAGAUCAACAGCCUGAAGGACAUGGCUGGCAAACUGGUUGACCCAGGGUUUGUUGUAUUUGCUACAUUCGUGGUCAUCGUAGCACUUAUACUGAUUUUCGUUGUGGGACCUCGACAUGGACAGGUCAACAUAUUAGUCUACAUCACCAUCUGCUCUGUGAUCGGCGCCCUUUCUGUGUCCUGCGUGAAGGGUCUUGGCAUCACAAUUAAGGAGCUGUUUGCAGGAAAGCCAGUCUUCACCAAUCCCUUGUCCUGGAUCCUCCUCUUCAGCCUGGUUACGUGUGUGAGCACACAGAUCAACUACCUGAACAAGGCUCUGGACAUCUUCAACACCUCCCUGGUGACACCCAUUUACUACGUGUUCUUCACCACGUCGGUGCUCACGUGCUCGGCCAUCCUCUUCAAGGAGUGGGAGAGCAUGAGUGCCAGUGACAUCAUCGGCACCAUCAGCGGCUUCGCCACCAUCAUCAUAGGGAUCUUCCUCCUCCACGCCUUCAAGGACGUCAACAUCAGUCUGGCCAGCCUGGCCGUGUCCAUCCGUAAAGAGGAGCGAGCCCUGCCAGUUUCCAAUGGACUGUCGACACAUGUUGCGUACGAACUUCUGGAUGACACCACUGUAGCCGACGUGGACGACAGGGAGGCCAGUCUACCGUUCGACAGCGUCUCCAGGAGGAACGGCUCUAUGGUCUCCUCGUAGGGGAGGCUUUAUGGGAGAAUUCCUAGGAUGGUGGACCAUUGCACUAAACUUAUGUGCAGCAUUUUUUUGAUAUAGAAUCAAAAAUAUCAGACAAUCCCAUAGCAAAGUGGCCCAAUGGAUUGUCCUGAUGUUUUCAUUUGCCUUAUGAUUUUGUUUUUUUAAGUUGACUACAUGGUUAGGGAUCUCUCCCAUGUAGGACUGAAUCGUUUUCCCCGAUAUUUUUAAAAUUACUUUCUUAUACUCUAUGUACAGAGAUCUGUAUUUACAUGCACUGAGCUCAUUUCUACAAAUUAAACGAAGAAAAAGGUCA